AUGGCACCCGUCAACUUGGACCAUGAUCUUCACAACACCCUCCACGCCCUCCUCCGCCGUUCGGAAUGCGACGCCUACUCCUGCACCAACCGCACCGCCAUCCUCACAGUCAUCGUCGCAAUCGGGUUCCUGACAACGUCGACUCUGCUCUUCUACCAUCUACGCAAGCGCACAUCUGUGCACCCCGGGCCAACGCGCUUCAAAGUCGGGCUGGUUCAUCCACAAAAAGUGCAAAGGAUGGAGGCGCGAGCGACGUGGCGCAGGGAAGAUCGGUGUGCGAGCGAUGUGGACACGGAACUGCCACAGUACGAGGAGAGGAGUGAUACGCCGCCGCCGUAUGGAUAUAUGGUUGCAAGGCCGGAGGAUGUGCAUGUUUAUGGAGGUCGGAGAGUACGAGGAGAACAACCUUAG